ACAGCACACACGCUCAGUGCCUCUCUAAUGUCUGCAGCAUCCCACUGCAUUUGCUUGUUUUAUUGAUAAAAGAAGCGAAAAAAAGAGAACUGCAUAAUGAAGAUGGAGAAGCCCACAUACGCAGGGUGAACAGAGACAUUUGGUGUGAAUGCUAUACAUUUCUAGCUUCGUUUUUUUUUUUUAAAUCUUGUUCUUUUUGUCUGCUAGGUUUGGAGAUACAGCAUUUAAGGAACUGCGAUCAGUUACACUUCAGAAAGCUUUCUUCAUAUUGGUCUUACAUGUCAUUUCUGUGGAUAUAAGUAAUUACUCGAGCGGAGACCUUCUUGAAUGAAUUGCUGAAUUCACAGGGAUUCUUGGGAUGUAACAAGAAAGAGAUUGAUCAUCAUGACUAAUCUAGAGAAGUGGGUCACUCUAAGCCCUGCAGAAUUUUCUCAGCUUCAGAAGUACACACAAUAUACUACCAAGAAACUUAAGGAUGUUCUGCAAGAAUUUCAUGGGGAUGGAGUACUUGCAAAAUAUAACCCUGGAGAGAAGCAAGAGAUACUUAGUCAGGCUAUUGACUAUGAAGGCUUUACACUCUUCAUGAAGACUUUUUUAGAAACGGAGCUGCCUGACGAUUUCUGUCAACAUCUCUUUAUGUCAUUCAGCAACAAAUUUUCUCAUAGAAGUCCCACAACAACAGAAAAGACUCUGCGUGCUGGAGGCUUGAAGAUCAUUAAAGGCAAUGGAACUCCUCCAAGAGUGCCUUACCAUCCAAAAUCAGAUCCACCAAAAACUGUCCAGCUUAAAGAUAUUAUUUGCUACCUCUCCUUGCUUGAAGGAGGUCGUCCUGAAGAUAAACUUGAAUUUAUGUUUCGUCUCUAUGACACAGACGGAAAUGGAUACUUGGACAACUCGGAAUUAGAAAACAUUGUCUCACAAAUGAUGCAUGUUGCAGAAUAUUUGGAAUGGGAUGUUACAGAACUUAAACCAAUUCUUCGUGAAAUGAUGGAGGAGAUAGAUUAUGACCGUGAUGGCACAGUGUCCUUAGAAGAAUGGAUACAAGGCGGGAUGACUACAAUUCCCCUUCUUGUUUUGCUUGGAUUGGAGUCGAAUGUAAAGGAUGAUGGUCAGCAUGUUUGGCGACUAAAACACUUUAACAAACCUGCGUACUGUAAUCUUUGCUUGAAUAUGCUUAUUGGAGUUGGAAAACAAGGCUUGUGUUGCUCAUUUUGCAAGUAUACCGUUCAUGAACGCUGUGCAUCACGGGCACCUUUAUCCUGUAUUAAAACUUAUGUCAAAUCCAAAAAGAAUACUGAGGUUAUGCAUCAUUUCUGGGUGGAAGGAAACUGUCAAACAAAAUGCGACAAAUGUCACAAAACUAUUAAAUGUUAUCAGGGAUUGACAGGCCUUCACUGUGUUUGGUGCCAAGUAACUCUACAUAAUAAAUGUGCAUCACAUGUAAAGCCUGAAUGUGACUGUGGAUCACUGAGGGAUCAUAUUUUACCACCAACAUCUAUAUGUCCAGUAGUCCUGGAGAGACAAACAACAGUAAAAAAAGAUUCUCAGCAUCCAAGAUCCUUAGGAGACAAGACAAAGAUGCAGAGAGCUAAUUCUGUGACAGUUGAUGGUCAAGGACUUCAGAUCACUCCUGUCCCGGGAACACAUCCACUUCUGGUUUUCGUAAAUCCUAAAAGUGGAGGAAAACAAGGAGAAAGAAUAUUCAGAAAAUUUCAGUACCUGUUGAAUCCCCGUCAAGUUUACAAUCUUGCAAUGAACGGACCCAUGCCAGGGUUAAACUUCUUCAGAGAUGUUCCAGAUUUUAGAGUUCUUGCCUGUGGAGGUGAUGGGACAGUCGGGUGGAUUUUAGACUACAUAGAUAAGGCGAAUCUAAACAAACAUCCUCCAGUAUGUGUGCUGCCACUUGGGACGGGAAAUGAUUUAGCAAGGUGUCUCCGAUGGGGUGGAGGUUAUGAGGGAGAAAAUCUGCUCAAGAUUCUGAAGGAUAUUGAAAACAGUACAGAAGUAAUGUUGGACAGAUGGAAGAUAGAUGUAAUUCCCAAUGAUAAAGAAGAAAAGGGUGAUCCUGUGCCUUAUAGCAUUAUUAACAACUAUUUUUCCAUUGGAGUGGAUGCUUCAAUUGCACACAGAUUUCAUAUUAUGAGAGAGAAACAUCCUGAAAAAUUCAACAGUAGAAUGAAAAACAAGUUUUGGUACUUUGAAUUUGGUACAUCUGAGACAUUUUCAGCUACCUGCAAGAAACUUAAUGAAUUCUUGGAAGUUGAGUGUGAUGGAACCCAACUUGACCUGAGUAAUAUUUCCUUGGAAGGAAUUGCCAUUCUGAAUAUUCCAAGUAUUCAUGGAGGUUCAAACCUUUGGGGAGAGACAAGAAAACGGCGUAGUCAUCGCAGAGUAGGAAAAAAGGCUCAGGAUAAAAGAACCGCUGUUUUGGAUGCAAAAGAGCUGCAGUUUGCCAUACAGGAUCCUUCAGAUCAGCUUUUUGAAGUUAUUGGCCUGGAAGGUGCAAUGGAAAUGGGACAGAUCUAUACAGGAUUAAAAAGUGCUGGAAAAAGGCUUGCUCAGAGUUCCUCUGUCACUAUUAGGACCAGCAAGUCUCUUCCAAUGCAGAUUGAUGGAGAACCUUGGAUGCAAACACCAUGCACAAUCAAAAUAACUCACAAGAAUCAAGCUCCAAUGCUGAUGGGCCCACCGCCUGUAAGAGGAUUCUUCUCUUCAUUAGUUCGAAAAACACGACACCAGAGCAAGGAGUAGAACUUUGGAAGGUUUUUAUAUAUAUAGUACAAAGUUAUGUGUGGAUUCUUACAUUCUUUACAUUCAUAAAUUUUUAUUUCAUAUAUAU